UUUUGAGUUCCAUUUCAAAUUUUGCGAAAACCUCAACGAAGAACGAAAGAGAACCUCUCUCUUUCUUUCUCUCUGUGACUAUGGCUCCUCACUUCUUCUUUCCCCAGACCCUCAGAGCACUAGAAGAAGAGCACGAAGACAACCGCCUCUACGCGCAAAACCCCAUCGACAUCGCUUCGCUUCAUCCCUCUGAACUGGAAGAGUUCGUCAAAGGUGUAUCCUUUGAUCUUUCCGACAAGGAGCUCUUUUGCAUUGAAGAGCAAGAUGUCUUUGACCGUGUCUAUUCCUUGAUUCGUAGUUAUGCUAGUCUCCCUACAUCUUGUAAAUUCAAUCUCGUAGAGAGUCUCCGAUCCAAUUUUAGUGUUCUUCUUCCAAAUGUUGAUUCACUCUCACGGGUUUCUCAAAGUCAGGAUGAUGACACUCCAGUGUUUGAUCGGGUUGCUUCACAUCGUAAUGCUUUUAAAAUUUACACAUUCGUCCUCAUCAACGUACAAGUUUGGGAGUUUCUCUCCUACCUUUCGGGGCGCCUUGGCUUUGAUUCAAAAUGGAGGAAAUGGAUGUCUGCCUCUAUCUUCACAGCCUGA